UAUGUAUUGAUGUGCUAAUGACGACUUUUUUUCAAGCUUGAAGCCAAGCAAAAUUCUUGAUUGGGAUUCAUGCCCUCUUCAUAUUCCCUGCUACUUCUUUUUCUGUUGCAUGCAUUGUGCCCCUCGUGUUGUUUGUCACGUUAAAACGGAAAUCAUGGAUCUCACCUGGUUCUCUUCUCCUUCUAUUUAUUAGACACAUAGAUUUCAACCUCAUUGCGUUGACGUUGUCAUUAUUUUUGACUUAGUUGUGUGUGGUUGUAAAACUGCAUCGAAACCACCCACCACCACCAUGAGCUGGUACAAUGUCUUCAGCAGCUAGGCCUACAAUAUUAGGCCAAGGGCGACAAGCCUGGCGAUCCGUCUACGAGUUAGUCGACACUUUUACCUCGAGAGUAUCGCCAAAGCGGAACCCAAUCAAUCGGGUUGAGCCACAUCAAACAGCGUCCUAUUCUUCAAUACCCAGAUCACAAUCGUCGAAACCACCUUGGUCCUUCCCACGAGUGCCAAAAGUCCAUUACAAUAAUGUUCGACGUAGCUUCACUUCAAGUGGGCUUCUCCUCCUCGGGCUCGCUUCUCCAGCAUCGACAACUUUUGCGGUUACUGCUACAUGUUCGGCUGCUGCGGAUUCUGCUAUCCUCGGAGGCGCGGGUCAAACAGGAAAAUUAACUAAAUUGGCGAGGCAAGCAUGGGUUAGAGAUAUUCAUACUACGCCUCGGGGCAGGUCGAUAAGAGUUCAGCGAAGAAGAAAGACUACUAAAUCUGCUGCCAACAAUGGGAAACCAACUAGCGCCCAACAUGUCAAUGAUCCUAAACAGCAGCCCAUUUCAAAUUCGAAGCCUGAUGCGAAGCCCAAUACGAACCCCUCUGAAGUGGAGUCUACGCAUGCGUCCAUGUCCAAGUAUUUCCAUCUACCUGCGAUGCCACACAUACCCCACCUGCCACAUCGACCGACGAAAGAGGAAUUCUUAGCCGCUGCGAAUGGCUUCUGGCAACGGUUGAAGGUUCGGUUCAAAUGGUUCUCUAUCCGGAGCAUGAGGCCGUGGAAUAUAGAUGAGUGGGGUGCUUUUGUAUCUUGGGUUUUCUUCGGUCAUCUCGUCUGGAUUUUGGUCGGAACAACAACCUUCUUCUCCCUCGCUAUUCUCUUUAUCAACACCGUUGUUGCGCAAGAAACUUUGGCGAAAUGGGUUGGUGAUUAUCUGACUGAAUCUGCUGGGUUGACCGUAGUCUUCGAGUCCGCUAUCGUUCCUAGGUGGAAAGACGGCGUCAUUUCCUUCAGAAAUGUUUUUGUAUCCCGAAGGCCAGGACAGAUUAAGUCCUCCGUCAGCAAGGGAUCAUCAUCUGGCGCUGCAGCGGUGGCUGCUGCUGAGAAGAAAACUGAUCAAGAUACCUAUCCUGCCGGGGUCGACGACGGAAACUAUACGCAGUUCGACGUUACACUAAAUACUGUGAAUGUUACACUCUCAUUCGUUAAGUGGUGGAACGGUAAAGGCCUUUUAAAAGAUGUUGAGAUCAAAGGGGUCCGAGGGGUUGUGGAUAGGACAUCCAUAAAAUGGUCCAAAACGCCUGUGGACCCCUUAUCAUACCGCCGCGAACAUAAUCCAGGUGACUUCGAGAUCGACGCCUUCAAAUUAGAGGAUUUGCUUGUCACGAUCCACCAACCGGGUGGAUUCCGACCUUUCUCCGUGAGCAUAUACUCCUGCGAGUUACCCCAGUUGAGGAAGCAAUUUCUAUUUUACGACAUUUUGUCCGCCAACCAUAUGUCUGGGUCAUACGAUGGGUCACUGUUUACGAUACAUCCCCGUCAGAUUCAUGGAGUUCCUGCCGGUCGCGAGCAUACCGCUUCCGAUCCACUAGGGGAGCCUGAUGCUUGGAAGAAAUUUAGUCGUAUACGGAUAGAUGGGCUCAAGAUAGAUCACCUCAACCGAGGAGUCGAAGGUCCUUUUGGUUGGAUUUAUGAAGGCAACGUUGAUAUUGUGGCUGAUAUCCGGUUCCCUGCCGACGAUGACGACAGCAUCACAAAGGUGAUGUCGGAAUUUUAUGAUAAACUCGAAGAAGCAGUUACAUCUAACCGCUAUCUUCAUAUUCUCGAUAAACCUCGUCGGGAAGAGGAAGUCAUAUUCAACGCUCCGAAUCAUUUUGAAUCCUCCGAAAAUCCAAACGAGAAUAGUGCUACUGCCACACCAGCGGAGGACACCCCGCUUCCGGCAGAAGUGGGCGAAGAUGAGGAACGACCACGCUAUUUGGUUAUGGACCUACGAAUCCACCUCAACGACGUAAAGGCUACCGUACCGGUAUUCACAUCCAACUUAUCAUACGUGAAUCAAGCGCUCGUGCGACCCAUCGUGGCAUACAUCAAUGCGAAGCGCACUUAUAUCCCUAUCGGAUGCCGCAUCGUCAAACGCGCCUCUGACUUCGAUGGUUCCUGGACUAUCUACGAUUGUGGCCUUAUGGACGAUGCAUCGGCUGAGGUCUAUACCGCGUUCGCGCGUGACGUUGAGGACCAACAGAGCCGUGUUCGCCGUCUAAAGAAAGUUGGCUUUUGGACCCUUAGUCUUGCCGUACAUGCUCUUUUCAUGGGUAUGGCCGGGAAUGUCAUUUAAUUUAAGAAAACAUACUAUCCCUCCUACCUCAUCUUCCCCUCUACGAAUAAAAUACGACAAACGAGACACGCACAUAGAAGAAAGGCCCAAUAUAGGGCACGGAUAAUUAUCCGAUGAAUGGCAUAUAUAUAAAGGUACUCAUGUAUACGUACCUACGAUUGUACGUAUGGAGUUCUCAUGGCGUAAUGGAGUCACGGUGGGCUUCACCCUUUGUUUCUCAGAGAACUGGGCACGACUACAGUAUCAUUGGACCGUCGUCCCUUUUGAGUCGGAAAUACCCCCCUUAGGUAAAAAAUAGAAAUAUAAGAAACUGAAAACAUCCACGAUUAUUUGAAGUUUACAAAGUGUCCAAAUUGCAUGUCGCUG